AUGGCAUGUUCUCAGUGCCUGCAGCGCGUGGCGGUCGUAACAAUACUGAGGGUGCUCUUCGCGGUUGUUAGCGCGGCUGCUGCAGGUCCGCCGGCGGAGGGGAAGGUGUUCGGGAUGCAGCUGGACACAUGGGCGCCGCCGCUCCCGGAUGUUGUCGUCACUUACAAUCUAUCUCUUAAUAUUCCUCAGGCUCUUGGUUUAGUUUUUCGAGAACAAGUGGAGUUUAGCUGUGAGCACUGGUGGCAUCUGAGUUCAGGGGCCUUAUGGCAGGGCUCCGUUGGUCGCAUCUUGGCAGAUGAUGGGGACGAUGACUGGGAAAGUGCUCACCUCAGAUACCGCAGGAUGCUUCCCUGUUUUCUGAAGCGCAUUGGUUCAUAUGUCCAUCUUUUUACCAUAAAUGAGAUUAUCAGCCACUGUGGCGAACCUUCUGACUUCAAGGAGGUCAGCGUCUGCUACAGAGCGAAACCGUCUACGCUCACGAGUUACGAGACUCACAUAUCUUUUGCGAGAUCUAAUCAGCUAAACGACGUCCUUCAUUUAUAUCGACGAGGCGAGCGUCACGGUUUCUACUUCAAUGGGGUCCGUCAAUUUGGUUUCCCAAAUCUGACGAGUCCGGUGAACUUGCACCAGUGGACACAUUACUGCCACAUCUUCGACAACGGGAUGUACGUGGCCUUCGUUGAUGGGGAAGAGAAGGGUCGAGGUGUCAUAGCUACCAAGGAGGUAUCCCUGAAUCUGCGGGGCAUGCUGACGCUGGGGCAAGAGCAGGAUUCGCUCGCCGGGAAUUACGACGUCGACCAGGCCUUUCGGGGUCACAUUGCGCAGGUUAACAUCUGGAGCAGGAUCGUGACCCCAGAGGAGGUGAGGCACCAAGCUUCCUGCAAGGAAUUUGCACCAGGAGAUAUCUUCUCGUCUGACAGGGAUGCUGUGGCUGUGGCUGGAGUCACCGUUGAAGAAAUACCCAUCAGCAACCUGUGUCAGACGACAAGGGAGUUUGUCAUCUUCCCUGAGGCGCAAUACAUGGCGCCGUCGCGGCGUGCGUGCAACAGGGUCGGGUACCAGGUCUACAGCCCAGACUCGAGAGAAGAGAACUCUGUGCUGCAUCUCCAGUCCCUGGAAUUUGCCGAGGAAUGCCUGUCUAACUACCACCUGUGGAUCGGUGUAACGGACGAAGAGAAGGAAGGCGUGUGGAGAAAAUUCACCAACAACGAAGUCGUUGGUGAAACCGUUUUUGAGCUCUUCGAACCGAACGGAGCUGAAGGCGAAAACUGCAUCCUCAUGUUCCUCCCGAACGGACUGUGGGUCGACACCUCGUGUUCGAUCCAGUGGCCGGCUUGCGUCCCUUGCGAGGUGGAUCGCUCGUCGCCUCUUCGCCUGCGGGGAUUCUGUUACAAGAACGAAGCCGAAACUUUUUAUGAGGUUCUCGGGUACAAAGGGAGGAAGCCAUAUAUGCAUGGGUAUUUUGGGCUCAUGAUAUUUCGAAACGAUUCCGGUGUGUGGGAAAUGCACGACACGACUACCAAAGAGAACGUGGCUUACCUGAAGGUUCCUUCCAUAAGCUCAUAUCCAAUAGGCGUCCAUACGUGGACUUUGCAGAGAUCUAUGUGCGAGCAUUUGGUUGGUUCGAAAAUACAGCUGAGCCUUUCCAUAUGCAACAAUUCAGAAUUCACCUGCGGAAAUGGCGACUGCAUCCCGCGAGCGAAGCGGUGCGAUACGCAGAACGAUUGCGUCGACUUCACCGACGAAGACAACUGCGAGAUGAUUGUCUUGCCAAGGGGCUACCGGUCCAACCGACCUCCGGAGAGCGAAAUACCGGGGAAGCCCAUGUACGUGGGCGCAGUUGUGCAUAUCUUGCGAUUCGUGGAAGUCAACGACGUGGGCGGAGUCCUCGACAUGGAGAUCCUCGUGGAGCUGAAAUGGCAGGAUCCUCGGGUCACCUACCUCAACCUCGGAGACACUCUCGAGUGGAACAGGCUGUCGCAGGACGAGUCGUCGCUCAUCUGGAGCCCCAAGUUCAAGUUCCCGAACAUUCAGAACGGAAACGUCAAGCUCUUGGAUGAAGAAGUAUUCCUAAAAAAAAUUGGCAUUCCGCAGUCUCCGGAUUUCAACGAUGUUAGAAUGGGUAGUUAA